AUGCUUCUGAGCCCUGGCAUCUCCACCCCCUUCUCGGUCACUGACAUCCUAAGGUUGGAACUCGAGCAGACUGGCCCUCAGGCCUUGCCACUGCAGGAUGCGCGAAGCAGCCAGGAGAGCGCUCAGUACUUGCGAUUGAACCCAGAACGCGGAGGGUCAGAGUUUAACAACUGUGGUAGCGGUAGCGGUAAUGGUGGCAGCAGCGGAGACAGAAGGCAAGAGGAGACUGAGCCCCCUGGAUGUCUCUGUGGUGUAUCAGAGAUGAAUGACCAGCAACGGGUGGGAGUGCCACAGCCUGGCCUUAGCGCCGCCUCGCCUCUUCCUGGAGGGACCAGGGUGCCCGAGCCUUCGAACGGCAGCAGCGGCGACCGCGCGCGGGGCAACCCCGCGGAGCAGCUCCGGCCGCGGCCCCGGCGGAAGCCGCGCGUGCUCUUUUCUCAGGCGCAGGUGCUGGAGCUGGAAAGGCGCUUCAAGCAGCAGCGGUACCUGUCGGCACCGGAGCGAGAACACCUGGCCAGCGCGCUGCAGCUCACGUCUACGCAAGUCAAGAUCUGGUUCCAGAACCGGCGCUACAAAUGCAAGAGACAGCGCCAGGACCGCUCUCUGGAGCUGGCCGGCCAUCCUCUAGCGCCGCGCCGGGUGGCGGUGCCCGUGCUGGUGCGCGAUGGCAAGCCCUGCCUGGCCCCGGGCGCACCCGCCUUCCCGAGUCCCUACGGCGCAGUCGGAACGCCCUACUCUGGCUACGGCGGCUUUGCGGGCGCUCCUUACCGAGGGGGCUACAGCGGCGGUUACGCGGGCGCACCCCCGGGGUCUGCACAGCCCGCAGCCUUGGCCAGCGCGGGCUUCGGCGGAGGCGGUCGGAGCACCAGCCCGCAGGAACACCUGCCCGCCGCGCUGCAGGGGGUCAGGGCCUGGUGA